AUGGAUCGUGUAUCAUCUACCGGUAACAUUUUUCCUGCCGGUCGCGAUGACAUCACAAGCCAAUUUGGAUUGAUUUGGCAAGUGUUGAAAGAACCAUUGAUCGUUCCGGCCUUGAAAUUAUUGGUUGUAGUGUGCUUGGGCAUGUCAAUAAUGCUUUUCAUUGAAAGAGUGUACAUGGGAGUUGUUAUAGUUUUUGUGAAGUUGUUUGGGAAAACAGCAAACAAGAAGUACAAAUGGGAGCCUAUAAAGGAUGAUAUUGAGGUUGGCAAUUCAGCUUAUCCUAUGAUUCUAGUGCAAAUUCCAAUGUACAAUGAAAGAGAGGUUUAUCAAUUGUCUAUUGGAGCUGCCUGUGGACUUUCAUGGCCGUCCGACCGGAUCAUAAUCCAAGUUCUUGAUGACUCAACAGACACUACCAUUAAGAGCUUGGUGGAAGCAGAAUGCCAGAGAUGGGCAAGCAAAGGCAUCGACAUAAAGUAUGAGAUUAGGGACAACAGGAAUGGAUACAAGGCUGGAGCUCUUAAAGAAGGCAUGAAGCACAGCUAUGUUAAGCAAUGUGAUUAUGUGGCCAUAUUUGAUGCUGAUUUCCAGCCUGAACCUGACUUUCUUUGGCGCACCAUACCAUUUCUAGUUCACAAUCAUGAAAUUGCUCUUGUUCAAGCUCGCUGGAAAUUUGUCAAUUCCGAUGAAUGCUUGAUGACAAGGAUGCAAGAAAUGUCACUGGAUUACCAUUUCACAGUGGAGCAAGAAGUGGGGUCUGCAACCUAUGCUUUCUUCGGCUUCAAUGGUACUGCUGGUGUGUGGAGAAUUUCAGCAGUCAAUGAAGCUGGAGGGUGGAAGGAUCGAACAACGGUGGAGGACAUGGAUUUGGCUGUCAGGGCUAGUCUCAAAGGCUGGAAAUUUGUUUAUGUCGGUGACCUCAAGGUGAAAAAUGAACUACCAAGUACUUUCAAAGCUUACCGAUAUCAGCAACACAGAUGGUCUUGUGGGCCUGCAAAUCUCUUCAAGAAAAUGGCAAUCGAAAUCGUCAAAAACAAGAAAGUGUCACUGUGGAAGAAAUGUUAUGUGAUCUACAGUUUCUUCUUUGUCCGAAAGAUUGUGGCACACAUGGUCACAUUUGUAUUCUACUGUGUUGUUUUGCCUGCAACUGUUCUGGUUCCUGAAGUAACUGUUCCUAAGUGGGGAGCUGUCUAUAUUCCUUCCGUUGUAACUCUUCUCAAUGCUGUUGGAACUCCUAGAUCACUCCACCUUAUGUUUUUCUGGAUCCUGUUUGAGAAUGUCAUGUCUCUGCACCGGACGAAGGCGGCAUUCAUAGGUUUGCUGGAGGCAGGAAGAGUGAACGAAUGGGUUGUCACUGAAAAACUUGGAGAUGCUCACAAGGCAAAAUUACCUGGUAAAGCUAACAAGAAACCACGGGUUCGGAUCGGAGAAAGAUUACAUUUGCUAGAACUUUGUGCUGGCGCCUAUCUCUUCUUCUGUGGAUGCUAUGAUUUUGCAUUUGGAAAGAACAGAUACUUCAUAUUCCUCUUCCUCCAAUCUAUUGCCUUCUUCAUUGCAGGAUUUGGUUACAUUGGCACCUUUGUCCCCAACUCUUAG